AAUCUGGAAUACUCCGCUCAGUGUUUUACACAGAAUCGUUCUACAUCUAAUAUUAAUCUAACUCUUCUCUUUCACUGCCGUUCGUUCUGUAAACUCUGUGACUGUACUCCCUCUUCGUCAUCACCAUCGUCUUCAUCACCAGCAGGAUGAAGGUGCUCGGUGUGUGUGUCACACUCUGCAUCCUUCUGACCCCGGCCCGGUCCGUCCCGCUCAACUCCACCAUGUCUGUGACCAAGUACGUCGGCCUGUGUCAGUACGAGAGGGAGCGGUGCUCCGGCCUCCUCGGGUCUUUCUGCCCGCAGUGCGACGCCAGCGGGUACUUCCUCCCGCAGCAGUGCUCGCCCUCCACCGGGUACUGCUGGUGUGUCAACGUCAUCACCGGGGUGGAGAUACCGAACACGCAGACCGGGCCGGGGAUGGAGCCUGUGGACUGUGGCAGGGGGCACUACUGCCCCAACGGCUGGAGCAACUACGCAGAAAGGUGUUUAAUGUUCAUCGACACCCCGAAGAUGUGGGCUGAAGCUGAGAUUUACUGUCAGUUCGAAGGAGCCAACCUGGCGUCGAUCCACAGUUACGAGGAGAAUCACUUCAUCAUGUCUCUGACCAGAGGAGAGACCCACCACUUCCCUCAGACCUGGAUCGGUGGCAUUGCUCCCGUGAUUCCCGGUCAUUGGUUGUGGACUGACGGCUCCAACUUUCACUACGAAAACUGGCUUCACCACCACGACAUCGAUAAUGUCAACCAGACCUGUCUGAAGAUGAACUAUGGAUGUAAUGAAUUAUACACACACAC